GGGCGGCGAGCCAUGACGGGCGGCGGCGCCGCGAAGCGCCGGCGGUGGUAGAGAGAGAGAGAGAAGAGAGAGAGAGAAGAGAGAGAGAGAGAGAAGAGAAGAGAAGAGGGAGCCCCGAGCGCGGAGCCCGCGGGGCAGCGCCGAGGGGCCGCCAUGGGCAACGCGGGCAGCGUGGACGCGCAGCACACCGAGCUGCGGGCGCACCCCGUGCCCCUCAAGCUGCCCAUGCCCGAGCCCGGCGAGCUGGAGGAGCGCUUCGCCGUGGUCCUGAAUUCCAUGAACCUGCCUCCCGACAAGGCCCGGCUCCUGCGGCAGUACGACAACGAGAAGAAGUGGGAGCUCAUCUGUGACCAGGAAAGAUUCCAAGUGAAGAAUCCUCCACACACAUACAUCCAGAAAUUAAAGGGCUAUCUGGACCCAGCAGUCACCAGGAAGAAGUUCAGAAGGCGAGUCCAAGAGUCGACUCAGGUGCUGCGAGAACUGGAAAUUUCUUUAAGGACAAACCACAUAGGGUGGGUCAGGGAGUUCCUGAAUGAGGAGAACAAGGGCCUGGAUGUUCUGGUGGAGUACCUGUCCUUUGCACAAUAUGCAGUCACGUUUGACUUUGAGAGCCUGGAGAACAGCGUGGAGAACUCCAUGGACAAGUCCAAGCCCUGGAGCCGCUCCAUCGAGGACCUGCACAGGGGCACCAACCUGCCCUCCCCGGUUGGGAACAGUGUCUCCCGCUCGGGCCGACACUCCACGCUCCGGUACAACACCUUGCCAAGCCGAAGAACACUAAAAAACUCCAGAUUAGUGAGUAAAAAGGACGAUGUUCACGUCUGCAUCAUGUGCUUGAGGGCCAUAAUGAACUACCAGUAUGGAUUCAACAUGGUCAUGUCCCACCCCCACGCCGUCAACGAGAUCGCCCUGAGUCUGAACAACAAGAACCCCAGGACAAAGGCCCUUGUCUUGGAACUCUUGGCAGCCGUUUGCCUCGUCCGAGGGGGACACGAGAUCAUCCUGUCGGCCUUUGAUAACUUCAAGGAGGUGUGUGGGGAGAAGCAGCGCUUCGAGAAGCUCAUGGAGCACUUCAGAAACGAGGACAACAACAUAGACUUCAUGGUGGCCUGCAUGCAGUUCAUCAACAUCGUGGUGCACUCCGUGGAGGACAUGAACUUCCGAGUGCACCUGCAGUACGAGUUCACCAAGCUGGGCCUGGACGAGUACUUGGAUAAGCUGAAGCACACAGAGAGUGACAAGCUCCAGGUGCAGAUCCAGGCCUACCUGGACAACGUGUUCGACGUGGGAGCUUUGCUGGAAGACGCCGAAACCAAGAACGCGGCCCUGGAGAGGGUGGAGGAACUGGAAGAGAACAUUUCUCACUUAUCUGAAAAACUCCAGGAUACGGAGAACGAGGCCAUGGCCAAGAUUGUGGAACUGGAAAAGCAACUUAUGCAAAGGAACAAAGAACUGGAUGUGAUCCGGACAAAAAAUGGGCCCAUCAAGCUCUUCUCUGUGAAGAUCAAGAAGCCCAUCAAGACCAAGUUCCGCAUGCCCGUGUUCAACUGGGUGGCCCUGAAGCCCAACCAGAUCAACGGCACCGUCUUCAACGAGAUCGACGACGAGAGGAUCCUCGAGGAUCUAAACGUGGAUGAAUUUGAAGAAAUCUUCAAGACAAAGGCCCAGGGCCCAGCCAUUGAUCUGACCUCCAGCAAGCAGAAGAUCACCCAGAAGGGCUCCAACAAGGUCACAUUGCUGGAUGCCAACAGGGCCAAGAAUCUGGCCAUAACUCUCCGGAAAGCCGGGAAGACGGCGGACGAGAUCUGCAAGGCCAUCCACGUGUUUGACCUGAAGACGCUGCCGGUGGAUUUUGUGGAGUGCCUGAUGCGGUUCCUGCCCACGGAGAACGAGGUGAAGGUGCUGCGUCUGUACGAGCGGGAGCGGAAGCCCAUCGAGAACCUGUCGGACGAGGACCGGUUCAUGAUGCAGUUCAGCAAGAUCGAGAGGCUCAUGCAGAAAAUGACCAUCAUGGCCUUCAUCGGCAACUUCGCCGAGAGCAUCCAGAUGCUGACCCCGCAACUCCACGCCAUAAUCGCUGCCUCUGUCUCCAUAAAGUCAUCCCAAAAGCUUAAGAAAAUACUGGAGAUAAUCCUGGCUCUUGGGAACUACAUGAACAGCAGCAAACGAGGGGCUGUCUAUGGGUUUAAGCUGCAGAGUUUAGACCUGCUCCUGGAAACCAAGUCGACAGACCGGAAGCAGACGCUGCUGCACUACAUCUCCAACGUGGUCAAGGAGAAGUACCAGCACGUGUCCCUCUUCUACAACGAGCUGCACUACGUGGAGAAGGCAGCAGCAGUGUCCCUGGAGAACGUGCUGUUGGAUGUGAAGGAGCUGCAGCGGGGCCUGGAGCUGACGAAGCGCGAGUACACCAUGCACGACCACAACACCAUGCUCAAGGACUUCAUCCAGAACAACGAGGGCAAGCUCAAGAAGCUGCAGGACGACGCCAAAAUAGCCCAGGAUGCCUUUGAUGAUGCUGUGAAGUAUUUUGGGGAGAAUCCCAAGACAACUCCCCCCUCGGUCUUUUUCCCAGUGUUUGUCCGGUUUGUGAAGGCCUACAAGCAAGCAGAAGAAGAGAAUGAGCUGAGGAAAAAGCAGGAACAGGCCUUAAUGGAAAAACUCAUGGAGCAGGAAGCGUUGAUGGAGCAGCAGGACCAAAAGUCCCCCUCCCACAAGACGAAGCGGCAGCAGCAGGAGCUGAUCGCGGAGCUGCGGCGGCGGCAGGUCAAGGACAACCGGCACGUGUACGAGGGCAAGGACGGGGCCAUCGAGGACAUCAUCACAGAUCUUCGGAACCAGCCGUACCGCCGGGCCGACGCGCUGAGGAGGAGCAUCCGCCGCCGCUUCGACGAGCACGGCCUGCGCCCCAACGGCCCCGACGUGGCCAUGUGAGCCCCGGGGGGCUCCCCGGGGGCCUCGGCCACGGACACUCCGUGCUCGGCGAGCCUUUGGGAGCGGCCAAACCCACGCGCCGGGCCUGGGAACGGCUGGGAACCGCCCCGGAGCCACCAAGUGCCUGAGAUGGAAGGACCUGCUCCAGGGACAGCGCCGGGACCUGGGCUGAGGGACCCGGCCUGAGGGGUGUCCUCGGACAUGUCCCACGGCGUCCGGAACCAAAAUGUAAAAUUCCUGCUGGUCUGGGGGGUUGGUUUGGCUGCCUGAGGGCGGCGUUCGGCGACUGGUCUCUCUCCGCUGGUUGGAAACUGGGAAUACUGGGAUGUGCUCAGCUUUGAAAUGCUCGGCUCUGAACUGAUCCCUGUGCUGGUGCCCAGGGUGUCGGCUGCACUUAUGGCUUGGGGUUUGAUCACAAAGGAAGACACUGAAGGGCUUUCUGUAGGAAUAACAAUCCCAGCCCUUUUCCCACCCUCGGCACCUCCGGAGCUGGAUGUGGGACCCAACACAUCCACGAUCCCAGGGAGAGGAACCAAACGAGGUCACCCCCAGGCCAGGGGGGUUUUGGGGGCCAGGACAGGGAGGGGGAGGCCCGGCCGGCACUCACAGCUCUGGAGUAACAGCUAUUUAUUAAUUAGCACUAAGCCAAUUAACACCUCAGUAAUCAGUAUUAGGGACCACCUCAGUCCAGUUCCUCACUGGGGAACCAGCCCAGCCCUGCUCUGUGGGAUCACACCCCGGGCCAAUCCCACCCCCGUUCCCUGCUGAGGCUCCUUUGGGCACCAAAGACAAGCCCAGCCUAAAACCCCGGGGAGGUUUUAGGUUCAAAAUGGCUUUUUCCAAGCCUAAAAAGGGACAGGAGACAUUUUAGGCCCGUCGUGCACCCCCAGCUCCCGGAGCAGCAGGAGGAGGAAUCCAACCCCUUGAUCCUCUCAGCUGGGAAGAACUGGACUGAAGAGAGAGAUUUGUCCUUUCCAAGACCCCUUUUUUGCUUCCAGCUUCUUCCCUGGGCUCGUCACAUCCCCCUGUUCAUUGUAAAAUUUCUUGUAUAGUAUUUAACCACGGAAUUUCUUGGCCCUUUCCCGUUGUGCUCCCUCCACUGGUGAAGGUCCCUGGAAUCUUUCCCCCCCUCGGAUAAUGUGUAGUUAUAUGAUAAUCUGUUUUUAAAUGUACAGAUAUUUUGCUACAAAAUUGGUGCAGUUUUUUAUGGUUUUUACACUUCUCUUUUAUCCCCCCCCUCCCCCCCUUUAGCCUCUGGGUAAUAUUGUAAAUAUUGUUUAAAAUGAAAUAAAUGCAUCAAGCCUGUGCUAUACAAUCUGAAUGUUAUUUUAACUUAUAGUUUUUGUUUUUAUAUUUAACUAAACGGACAGUUUGGGGCUCAGAGUUACCACGUUGACCUAUUUACAGGAAUUUUUGACUUUCAAAACUGCCAAUUCCUUGCAUUUUGCAGCACUUGACCCACUAAAGAGAACAUGCCACCCCCUCCUUUGCCUCCCUGGCAGUCCCAAGGAGUUGUUUGAAUCGGAAGAAAUGGGAUAAUUUUCAAUUCAAUGUGAUAGAUUGUUGGUUACAAGCACCAGAUCUCCUCUUCUUCGGCUCAAAGGUAUUUUUUUAACGAAAGACCCAAAAUUCUCCAGGCUGGCAUGUUCUCUUUAAUAUUUUUCUAGUAAUAGAUCUGCUUCUUAGCAAGAUUAGAGUGUUUUCUAAAGCAGUUCACGUUCCUUUCCUGGUCUGUUCCUGCCAUAAAAUCAAAUAAACUAUUUACACUACUACA